AAAGACGACACAGGCUGUGGCGAGGGAAUUGGCAGUUCAUUCAAUCACUGGGUGCAUCAAUGGAGCAGCAGCAGAAGCUUUGUAGCCAUAGCCGCACGUCUACUUCCAAAACCAAACGAAAGAGACGAUCCAAUUCCGAUUUCGAUGUCAAUACUACUUUCUCUCUUCUUCUUGCCGCCGUCUCUACCCCUCGCAAUCCCUAUGCUGCCUCCUUGAUUCCCAAAUGCUUGGCGGAGCUCCAUUUCGCUCUUCUUCCACAUUCUCCACACCCUCUGCAAACUCUUCCAUCUUCAAUCCUCUCUCUUCUUCCUCUUCUUAUUCUUUCUGAGCGCCAAGGAAUUGCUUCUCGUGCUGCUGAGAUUGUGGGCGCUGCUUCGCUUCUUUCGCUCCGUAUGAAUGAAGUGAUUGCUUCGGCUGAUGGGGUUGUGAGGGCUUUGAUCUCGACCUUGGCGUGUUCGAAGAGAAGGGUUGCGUUGGCUGCUUGUAAUGCUGUUAUGGAUUUGUCCACCACGUCCUUUGGGCGGGAAAGCUUGGUUGAGUUCUCUGCUAUCGAGCGUCUUAUAUCUGCAUUUUUGCAGGUUUCAGCCUCUUCAGCAAUGUCAGUGUUCAUAGGCACUGUAUAUAUCGAAAAUUCUGCAAUCCUGAAGGCAGGAUUUGAAGGAGAUGAGCUUUCAAUAUCAAUUCUGAGUGCAGCUAUAGUUCUAUUGAACACUUGCUAUUUCAAACAUUUGGAAAAGAUACCACGCUACUACUUGAAGACAUUCUUGACAUUUUUGAAAAAACAAUGGAUAGAAGUAUGUAGUAAAAUGAUGCAAAUUAACAAAACUGAGUGCAGCUGGCAGGAGCAAUUCGAAAUUAGCAAUAUUAGCACCAAUGAUUUGGCCGUGUGUAUUUUUAGGCUUUCCAUCAGUACCGAUCAAGUUAGCAGAAUUUUUCCGGUGAAGGAGGUUAAAGCGUUAUUGGGUUUAAGUGGGUCGAACUUUGAAGAAUUCAUGCUUAACCACUGGGAAUCAUCGCCAUGUCUCAUGCAGAAAUCCUCAACAACCAUAAAUGAAGAAGCUGAUAUUAUUGGAUCAUUUGUGGGAUCUAUAACCUCAAUUAAAACAAAUCUCUCCUUUAUUUCAUCAAUGCUUGGAAGAUUAGUUUCUUGUAAUCCUAUUGCCUCAGAUGAACUAGACAUACAUAAUUUCUUAGAGGAGGCACGAAAUGAAUUGGGAUUUCCUUUAAUUUAUCAGCAAGAUAUACGUGUCUUGAGAACUGAUGAGUGUUUGAAAAGAGAGAUACAUUUCUUUCAGAAAAAUUUUGAGCCAUGUUGCUUCAAGGGUCCUCAUUUCUUAAAGUUAAAUGAUGCACGAAAGUGUGAAGAAGCUUUUAAAGAGGGUUAUACAAUUGCUCUGCGUGGCAUGGAAUUUCGGUAUGAGAAGAUUGCUGCUAUUGCAAAUACUUUAGCGUCUCUGUUUGGUCAGCCAUCUGUAGGUGCUAAUAUGUACUUGACUCCUCCAGGUUCUCAGGGUUUGGCUCGUCAUUAUGAUGAUCAUUGUGUGUUUGUAUGCCAGCUUGCUGGAAGCAAGCAGUGGACAGUUUUUAGUCCGACAAAGAUGUGUUUACCUCGCUUGUAUGAUGCUAAUGAAUUCCCACGUUGUUCUGAGGUUGAGAGUCCAUUGGCGGUUGGAAGGCAGUUUUUACUAAGGGAGGGUGAUGUAUUAUAUAUUCCUAGAGGAUUUCUUCAUGAGGCUCGUACUGAAAAUAAUGGUCCUGAUGGGUCUUCCCUACACCUUACCUUUGGUAUUGAGGUCGAACCACCUUUUGAGUGGGAAGGAUUUGUUCAUACUGCUGUCUAUUGUUGGAAUUGGAAUGAUAACCCAAAGCAAUAUGAUACUUUGUUUGGAACUAUGUCAGUAGAACUGCUGCACUUGGCAAUUUGGUUAAUUAGUGUAUCUGAUCAUAACUUUCGAAAGGCUUGCUUGGUAGAAGCAAGUUUUCUGCCCUCAGAUAACAAUAAUAGACCUGACCUGAACCAGAAGACUAUUUUCAGUAGAUUGAUAGAUAAAAUUAGUAGAGAGUCAAACUUCUUGGAAGUGCUUGCUGGUAUUAAAAUUUCAGUUGAGAAAGACGAAGACCCCUUUCAUCGGAUGAGAUGGCUUAGGCUUCUCAAUGUAGAUGGAAAAGAAAGUGUCAAAGAAGAUCAGUGGAUUAUGCCUUCAAUUGGUAUCAGAGAUCUGUUAUCUACUUGUGCUACUCAUAGAGAAAAGGUAGAAACUACAUUUGUGGAGGUGAAGUCCAGAUUUUGUAGGGAAGUUCGAUUUGAGAAUGCUGUGGAGUGCUACAAAAAGUUGCUCGAGAGGUUCAGAAAUGUCAGAAGUCAAUACACAACAGGAAUGAUUUCUUUGCAUUCAAUUACGAGUGAUUAAUGUGUCUGGUUCUUUGUCAACUAUGUUUCCUAUUUCGAGCUAUUGAGUUUCAUAUAUAUUUUGGCAA